AUGUCUUACAAUUACGAAGAUUUAAGCCGUGCAGAGGUUUUAGAUUUGCUACGGCAAUGGCGUGAAAACAAUGAAAGGAGAAGUGAAGAUUUAUUAAACAUGUUUGAAGCAAUUGUAGAGCAGUCACUACACAAAUUAGGCAACGAAAAAUAUGUUAUAAUGGAGCAGAUGAUUUAUGCUGCAUUGGAUUGCCAUUUUAUUGGUAUAGCUAAAUCAACAAUAUUGAUGUUAUCUGAAGAAUUUCCUGGUAGCCUUAGAGUUAUGACAUUCAAAGCAUUAUGUUUUGAGGCAGAAGAAAAAUAUGAAGAAGCAUUAGAAAUUUUAGACAACAUAAUAAAAACUGAUGAAACUAAUGCAUCUGCUCGUAAGCGUCGUGUGGCCAUCUUGAAGGCUCAAGGUCUUAUUAAUGAAGCUAUUAAAGAAUUGGUUGAUUAUUUGAAAAAGUUUAUGUCGGACAUGGAAGCUUGGCAGGAACUUUCAGAGCUGUAUUUACAGGUUCAAGAAUAUUCCAAAGCAGCAUUCUGUGUGGAGGAAUUAAUUCUUCAUCAACCCCAUAAUCACUUGAUGCAUCAACGUCUUGCUGAUAUAAGAUACACUAUGGGUGGUGUAGAAAACAUGGAAUUAGCCAAGUCUUACUACUGCCAAGCUUUGAAGUUAAAUCCUGAUAAUAUGCGUGCUUUACUUGGCCUAUUCUUAGUCACAAAUAAUCUGCUUAGCCAUUAUAAGUCAUCUGGCAGUUCCAAACGUAAGGAAGUGUAUAAGUUGUCUCAGUGGGCUCAAUCAGAAGCUAUGAAGAAAAAGAGGGAAGCCGAACCUUCCCCCGCUGUUCCAGCCCUAAAUAAUUUCGUAAUGUCAGUGAAAGUGGAGGAAAUUUUAAGCGAAUCGUUCGAGCUAGGCGAGGGUCCGCAUUGGGAUGAAGAACAGAAAGCUCUGUUCUUCGUGAACAUAAGAGGAUUUACAAUCCACAAGUACGUGCCGGCUACUAAACAACACUCGAAAACAAAACUUAAUGGCAAGGUAGGUUUCAUUGUGCCUGUAGAAGGAACUACAGACAAGUUUAUUGUCGGAUUGGAAAUUAAAUUUGUGAUCAUUCAAUGGGAUGGCGGUGACGGAACUCCGGCUGCUGUUGUCAAGGAACUAGGAACUGUCGACGAGGGUGUGGUACCUCCCACCAGGCUCAAUGAUGGAAAAGCUGACCUAAGGGGCAGAGUCUUUGCGGGUACUAUGGGAUAUGAAGAUCCAACAGGUGUUUUCGUUCCAGGCCAAGGUUCAUUAUAUCGCGUGGACAAAACCGGUAUUCAUAAAGUGUGCGGUGGGAUAGGGAUCUCUAAUGGUCUCAACUGGGAUCUUAAGAGGAAAGCUUUUUAUUACACCGAUAGUUUGGAGAGGAAGAUAAGAAGAUACGACUAUGACGUGGAGACUGGAGAGAUAUCAAACCUCAAAUACAUUUUUGACUUAGAAGGAAACAAUAUUGAGGGUUUCCCUGACGGUUCCACCAUCGACGCGGAUGGCAACCUUUGGAUUGCAAUAUUCGGCGGCUCGUGCGUUAUCAAAAUUGAUCCAGCCAGCGGCAAAAUACUCCAGAAAGUACCAAUUCCGGCGCCUCAGGUCACUUCAGUUACUUUUGGAGGGGAUAACUUAGAUAUUCUGUUUGUAACAACAGCCUGUUUGAAUAUUGGCGGUCCUAAAGAACCGCCCUCGGGAUACGUUUUUAUGGUCAAGGGUUUGGGAGUGAAGGGGACAAAGGGUAUGAAUUUUAAACUUGAA